AUGUCCGAUUCCAGUGACAAAAAGGGCAAGGCUCCCAAGCGCAAUGAAGAUGAGUCUGGGGCUCCAUCCGACUCAGGCAAUGAAGCAGGAAAGAAGCUUCCCGCGAAGUUCGCUUCCUUACUCCUCGAACAAAACCCAGCCCUGAAGAGCGAGCUAGCUACGAUGGACAAGGACAAGGCUGCGGCCCUACUGCACAACAUGGACCUCUCACAGAUGCUGACUGGAUUGGCGGUGGGAGGUAAGAACCAGAAGGAUAUGGCCUCGUACAAGUUUUGGCAGACACAGCCAGUGCCUGCAUUUGAGGAGGCUGGAAAGGAGCAGAUUACUCAGGGACCUAUCAAGAUUAUCGACCCAGAGAAGGGAUUCGAGUGGUGUACUCUUGACCUGACGAACGAGGAGGAGCUGAAAGAGCUAUACGAGCUUCUUAACAAGCAUUACGUCGAGGAUGAUAACGCCAUGUUCCGUUUCAAUUAUUCGGAAUCCUUCCUUCACUGGGCCCUGAUGUCACCCGGAUGGAAGAAGGAAUGGCAUGUUGGAGUGCGCGCCACCAAGUCGCGCAAGCUGGUUGCAUCCAUUUGCGGCGUCCCGACUGAACUCCGCGUCCGCGGCGAGCGCCUCAAGGUGACGGAGAUCAACUUCCUGUGUAUCCACAAGAAGCUCCGCUCUAAGCGUCUGACUCCUGUUUUGAUCAAGGAGAUUACUCGUCGCUGCUACCUCAGGGGUAUCUACCAGGCCAUUUAUACUGGCGGUAUAAUCUUGCCCACACCCGUCAGCUCUUGCCGAUACUACCACCGUUCUCUGGAUUGGUUGAAGCUCUACGACGUUGGCUUCUCGCCUCUGCCUCAUGGCUCGACCAAGGCCCGCCAAGUCACUAAGAAUCAUCUCCCUAGCGAGACGUCGACCCCCGGCCUGCGGCCCAUGGAAUCCAAGGACAUCGAUGCCGUCUAUGAUCUGCUGGAGCGUUACAUGCGGCGCUUCGAUAUGAACCAGGCCUUUACACGCGAGGAAAUCGAUCACUGGCUGGUCUACAAGAAGCAGCCUGGCAAGGACCAGGUUGUCUGGUCAUACGUUGCCGAAGACCCGGAAACCCACAAGAUCACCGACUUUGUCUCGUUCUACAAUCUCGAGUCUACAGUGAUUGACAACCCCAAGCAUGAUGCCGUCCACGCCGCAUACCUGUACUACUACGCGACCGAGACUGCGUUCUCUGACGACAAGAAGGCUUUCAAGGCGCGCUUGCAGCUCUUGAUCAACGACGCCCUGAUUUGCGCAAAGCAGGCCCGUUUCGACGUCUUCAAUGCUCUCACCUCGCACGACAACCCCCUCUUCCUCGAGGAUCUCAAGUUCGGUGCCGGCGAUGGCCAGCUCCACUUCUACCUAUAUAACUACCGCGCUGCACCUAUUGGUGGUGGAAUUAACGAGAAAAACUUGCCCGAUGAGUCGAAGAUGGGCGGUGUUGGUAUCGUCAUGCUAUAG